AUGGAAAUUAAUAAAGAUAAUAUUGAAAAAAAAAUACGAGAUGAAUUUGAUCCAACUUAUUUAGUUGUUGAAGAUUGUUCAAGUGGUUGUGGUUUGAAAUUUGAUUCAGUAAUUGUAUCAAAAAAAUUUGAAGGUAAACAAUUACUUGCAAGACAACGAUUAGUAAAUGAUUUAUUGAAAGAGGAAAUGACGAAAAUUCAUGCAUUUACUCAAAAGACUUAUACACCGGAGGAAUGGGAGAAAAAACAAGGAAAAGAUGCAGCAAAUCCUGAAGGACAAGCAAAAGCAUCAGGCGCUUGUAGUGGCAUUUGUGAAAACGCACAAAAAUAA